AUGGCCACCCAACCAUACCACAACGGUGACCCUCCAAGAAGAUCGUUCCAUGCAGUCACCCUGCUUCUGUUGCAUCAGAUGAACACGAGCACACCAAACCACCAGAGCUCUUGUUCCGUCGGAAUGACACCGGUGUUUUACCGUUCAAGCUCUGUUGCCCAGCUGCCCAGCUGCUACGUCGGGCCUUGUCUCGACAACCUCCACAACGUCAGCCCAGAAGUGGUGCAUAGGCCCUGGAUUUUCAGCGACUGGAGCGACAGUAUGCAACAAGGGUCACAAGGGGCCGACUCGCCGCUUCAUGGCAUGAUCGUCCCCACGAUUUCUCCAUCUCUGCGUGGCAAGACGACGGGAGUUCGCUUCCAGGAGACUGGGGAGGAUGGCCGCGUGCAGUGA